GGCGCUUUCUCUUUAAUGGCUUGCUGGCUCGGGCAGUGCAUGCUGGGAGUGCCGGGGGCGGGGCGUAGGCAGACGGGGCUGAGGCUGUGGCACUGUAAUGCUGGCAGAGGUAGGUUUAGUUUGGAAAAACAGAGGGCGCUGAACAUCAGCUUUCAAAAACAAAAACUAACUACAGUCAUGCCUGUAUUUAGUGCACGAUCCACAGCUAUCAUGCUUAACCAACUGCUUUCAAAGACCUUGGCACUCCAGACACUUCCGAAAUUAUGGAUGUCAACUUUCACUUCUCUUGCUGGAGAUAAAAACCUUAUUCUGAUGGGCCCACCAGGUGCUGGGAAAACAUCAGUAGGCAGAAUAAUUGGACAGAAACUGGGCUGCCCUGUUGUCGAUGUUGAUGAUGACGUCCUUGAAAAAGACUGGAAUAUGAGUGUUUCUAAAAAACUGCAGGAUAUUGGCGAUGAACAAUUUUUAGAAGAGGAAGGAAAAGCCCUUUUAAAGUUUUCAACGUCUGGAAGUGUUAUUUCCCUCACUGGGUCCAACCCUCUACAUUCUAGAAGCAUGGAACACAUAAAGCAAAAUGGGAUAGUUAUUUAUCUUGAUGUUAACACAAAAGAUAUCAUGGAGAGACUGGAAAGAAUGAAAGUGGAUCGCAUUGUUGGUCAAAGGUCUGGAGCGUCCAUUUUGGACAUACUUCAGAAGAGGAAACAGUUUUAUAAAAAAUGGCAUGAUGUACGUGUGCUUUGUCAGAUGGGAGACAGUAUAGAAGAUAUAGCUCACAGAGUUGUUAAUGCAAUAAAGAGAUACCAGGAUUCUGAAUCUGAAGCCUUUAUUUCCACCAGAAAUACAAGUGAUGAUGCCAGAGAGUGCCAAACAAAAUAUUUCAGUGACGCAGUUAUUGAGGGGUUAGCUCCAGAUGGUGGACUCUAUGUUCCUGAAAAGGGUCUGCCAAAACUCACUAGGGGGGAAUGGAAAACAUUAGUAGGAUUCUCGUAUGCUGAAAGAGCUCAGAUAAUAUUGGAAAGAUGCAUACAUCCUGUUGAUGUCCCUGCUUUUACACUGGGAGAGAUUGUUGAAAAAGCUUAUGGAGAAAAUUUUGCAUGUCAUAAAAUAGCUCCAGUUAGACAUUUGGUCGGAAACCAGUUCAUUCUUGAGCUCUUUCAUGGUCCCACUGCAUCAUUUAAAGAUCUGGCUUUGCAGUUCAUGCCUCACUUGUUUGCCUAUUGUAUUCCGAAAACAUGUAACUAUUUGGUGAUGGUUGCCACCUCAGGAGACACAGGAAGUGCUGUCAUGGAUGGUUUUGGGCGCCUUAGUGAUAUAGACAAGAAAACGAUUGGGGUAUUUUGCUUGUAUCCUGAAAAUGGAAUAAGUCAGGCUCAAAAAUUGCAAAUCAUUGCCUGUCAAGGAGAAAAUAGUUUGGGAUUAGGAGUUGGAUCUGAUUUCGAUUUCUGCCAAAAUACAAUUAAAAAGCUAUUUACAAAUUCUGAUUAUACUGGAUUUCUCACUGCUGAAUAUGGAACUGUUCUAAGCACGGCUAAUUCCAUAAACUGGGUAAGGCUUCUUCCUCAGGUCGUUUACCAUGCCUCUGCCUAUCUUGAUCUUGUUAGCCAAGGAAUCAUAUCUUUCGGAAGUCACGUUGAUGUAUGCAUUCCCACUGGAAACUUUGGCAAUAUCCUAGCAGCGCUUUAUGCCAAGCAAAUGGGAGUUCCCAUCAGAAAAUUAAUUUGUGCGUCUAACCAAAAUCACGUUUUGACCGAUUUUCUAAAAACAGGCCACUAUGAUCUCAGGGGAAAAAAACUUCUACAGUCCUGUUCUCCAGCCAUUGACAUUCUGAAAUCUUCUAAUAUCGAACGGUAUUUGCACCUGCUUACGAACAAUGAUGGGAAGUUUGUGAAGCAGCUGUUUGUUCAGCUGCAGAACGAAGGACAUUUUCAACUGCGAAGUAAUUUAGUUUGCCUUAUCCAGGAGGAUAUUAUCGGUGGCUGGUGUUCUGAAAAAGACUGCCUGGAAAUGAUCCACUCAGUGUAUGAAGCUACCGGAUAUAUUUUGGACCCACACACUGCGAUUGCAAAAGUAGUUGCAGACAGAGUGCAGGAUAGAACCUGCCCUGUCAUUAUAUCAAGUACAGCUCAUUAUUCCAAGUUUGCACCUGCCAUUUUACAGGCUUUAAGAAUUGAUUCAAUUAAGCAUAGCCCUUUAAGCCAGCUUCACCUGUUAAAUUCCUUCCACCCCUUGCCUCCCACUCACAAGGCUCUCAUAGAAAUGCUUAAAAAAGCAGAGAGCAAAACGACCCACAUUUGUCUGCCAGAUCCAAACAUAGUAAUGGAAAAUGUGGAACGUUUUAUUCAGAAUUUAUAUUUGAAAAUCCAUUAAUGGUCAAAGAUUUUUUGUUAAUAUUUAAGACUAUUUCUCCCUGGAAUCCAGAGAGUUGUUAAAGGUUCCACUAAAACAAAAUCAAACAAACAAAGGCAUAACAUGGAAAGAUAUCAGGAAAGCUAUUAUAACACUUAAUUGAAAAAGAGGAAAGACCUCAUCUAAAACAAGCUAAAAAUAGCCUGCCUUUCAAUGUGUUUUCCCCAAAGUGCAUUGUUACAUUAAAGAAAAAAAUGUCACUUCAUACUUCGUUAGUGCCUGAGAAAUCCGACAGAACUGAUGGCAUUUCCUAUAAGUGUAUGUUUCACAGACCGUUACAGUAAUACAUUACUGGAAUGUGUACUUAUCAUUUGGAUAAUCUCUUUUCAAGCGGAAUGAGUCUAAAAAUAGAAGAAAUACUCACCACUUGUAUAAGAUUUUGUCGUGUCUAUGUUUAUAGAGAUAUUGGCCUCUAAUUAUAGAGCGUAGUGGCUGUUAUGCCUUGCAGGAAAUAGUUAAUAGUUAAUGUUAUCUUUCUGCUUGUUCUACUUCCCUGUUGGUUAACAAAAUGCUUGAGAUAUCUGUAAGUUUCCUGUAUGUUGGAUAUUAUUUAGGGCCAGAUUUUGUAUUUGAUUCAGAAAUACUUUACUAGGACUCUUUUUCUCGCACUGUAAUCACCUUGUGAAAUUUGCCAUCUAGUAAAUGUGGCACCAGGGUAAAAAAUAAAAUUGUGUAAGGUUAUGGAACUAGUUAACUUCUUGUAUUUUAAAGUGGGGGUCCGGCUAUUCUCUAGGAACUUGACUUCAGCCUUCCCCCUUUCGACUAUUGCAUACGCAGACAGUCCUGCUGUACUGCCAUGUGUCAAACAAGGCCAGGUAGCCCCCACCCAAAGUUCUGCUUUCAGAUCAUUUUGCUACAAUCUGGCAGUGGACUGGGGAGGAUUUGAUUUUUUUUGCGCUUUUUUUAUUUACCAUAAAGGCAUCUGAGGCCUGCCCCCCUAAAGCUCCCCUCCUCAGGACAGGCACUCAAAUUUUUUUAUAUUAAAUACGGCCCUGGUAGUGGGUACAUGGUUUCUUAUAAUACAGAAAAUUCAAGUCAUGUGAUGCAGAUACUUUCUUUAAACUAUGGCUUUAACUGAUGACAUCACAGUAGGGUUGCCACCUGUCCGGUUUUGACCCAGACAGCUUGGUCUUCGGAAGGGCUGUCCCAAUCAAAACUGCCUGCCCAGUUUUCCCAAUUUGGAAAACUGUCAGGACUCUCCAAAAUUGAAAUUUUGACUGGCCGAUUGCCUGGUUAAUUUUGGAGAGUCCUGCCCCUGUGGCGUGACAUAUCCACCCAAUGACAUCACGUCCCCGCCGGUUUUAUGGCACUGAAAGGUGGCAACUCUAUAUCACAAAGCACUAUUUUAGUGAGGUCACUCAUGUCACACUAAUAAAUAAUGAUCUCCCUACUGCCACAUUAAGGAUUCCUGAACUAAAGUAAAGGUGUGCUGCCUGAUUGCCUGACUACUCUAGUCAGUGCCAUCUCAUCAUGACUAUCAUGCCUAGAAAGAAAAAAAUACAAGAAGACUAAUUUACAAUGGCCCACGCAGUCUGCAAAACAAGGCCUCAAUCAGCCAUUUUUCUUGCACUUUGCCCACUGCAUGAGACAUUUUGAAAAUAGCCGCAGGCCUCUGUGCUCCAUUUUGGUGUGUAGACACCUGUGGCUCCCCUCUUCCAUACCUUGUGUGCUAUUUAGAAACCUGCAGCAUUUUUAAUUCCAGUGAAUGUAAAGUGAAUCCACAAGUAUAAUCAAGUAGCCGAAAAUCAAAAUAACAUAUGCCUUAAGCCAUACUAUAUCUUAAAGCAUUUGGCAAUGUCUUCAAGACAUUUUUGUGUGCCUAAACUGAGAAAUCCAUUUAAGACUUGACCAAAGCAAUGCCUUUACAGCACAUUUUCUAAACUGAAAAAAUCCAAAACUUUUUUAUGGACAUUCAAUGUGAUAAAGGGGGCAAAUGAAAUCCUUGGGUGGACUUUUGGGAACUCGGGGUCCAUUUUACUGAGCCUAGUUUUUGGAACAUAUCGAGAUACUGUGCAAUGUAAAAGUAAUUUAUUUGAAACAUAAGCUUGGGUAGUUUUCAUAGGUAUUUAUUCAAAUUGGCACAUUUGAUAAUAUGUUAAUAUGUGAGCCACAGAGAUAAUGUUGUACCGUGCAUGUUUAUUAAAAAUAAACUUUGUCAGUUAUUUGUAGUCA